GGAAAAUACUCUAUAAUCAUGCAUUUGUUGUGUACGGACAAUAAACAAGGAAAUUGUAUUGCUGCUAUAUGUGCUAUCAACUGAGUAUCAAGCGGAUCACGAUUCUGUUUCAUAGAGGGUACCACAGAAUGACGACAAAUGAGACUACCUGUCCCUAUGUCCUUAGGUUACCGUUACACCCAAAGUAAGAGAUGCGUAGGGAGUAUAGCGAUCCUAAAGGCGUAUGAUUAUCAAACCCGUUGCGACGCUUGCACUAUAAAGAGUCCAUUGAUGUCACGCCAUCUCACACAGAUUGCUAACCUUCUUUCUUUCACCAAGGGACUGCCUUGGAUUAAAACAAUGGUAACCUUCUUGAUCCUUGCUGCGACCCUUUCGAGCGACGGCGUCUUUGCCUCACCAGUCCCGACCGAAGCACCGGUUAAGCAAACAGGCUACCCAGUUAUCGUGGGCCAAAAUGGCUAUACUAGCGCUCCGUAUCACGGUCCGUACACGGGUACGCCUACCACCACUGGCGCCGUGAAAGCGCCAGCGACGCUCGCUGCGUCAAUCGAGCCCAAGCCGCCAAACCCUACCGCGACGUACUACAAUAGCCAGGGUGUGCCACUCAACCCGAUGCCAGCCCCAUAUACCCCUGCUGGAGGGUUGGGCACAAAUGGCACUGAGCCUCGCUACAUGGUAGAGAGUGACUUUGACUUCGAGUCCAUUGCCCUCGGGGUCUAUCAGGAGUACAUUGAACUUGAUCUCUUCCACGAUGGCCUUGCUCGGUUUACCGAUGAGGAGUUCCAGGAGGCUGGCCUGGGCCCCGAGGCCCGAUCGCUUAUCGAGUUCAUGGCAGACCAGGAGACCGGACACGCGACCUUGCUGAGCAACAUGCUGGGAGAAGCCGCACCCAAGCAAUGUGUGUACAACUAUCCGUACAAGACUGUUCGCGAGUGGGUCGACUUCAUGCAACGUGUCACACGUUACGGUGAAUCUGGUGUCUGGGGUUUCAUUUCCCAUCUCGACUCGCGAGAGGUUGCCAACCUCCUGUCUCUCUCAAUCUCCACCGAGGCUCGUCAACAAUUGAUCUUCCGACAGAUGUCGGGCCUCGCCCCAAUGAAUGUUUGGUUCGAGAAUGGAUGGCCCCAAUCCUGGGCAUGGACAAUGCUGGCCCCCUAUAUCAGCUACUGCCCCGAGGGUACCACUCGUCUCGCGUGGCAAAACUUCCCAACUCUCCAAAUCUUGAACAACCCGAACAUCAACCGCGUUUCCCCGAAUGACACACCAAAUGAUGGUAGCGAGACAGUGGGCAAGCGUAUCACCGACCCAUCAGUCUCAGAUAUUAGCAAGGACGAGAACUGCCUGAAUCAGGACCCAGUCGGUAAGAACUGUGCACCCGCGAUUGCCCACAACCGCUCGGAGCCUCUAUCAUACCCUGGUAAGCAGGUCUUCUUUGAAUGGGAAGCGCCAGGCAAGAGUGUUGGACCGAACAACUCCUACAUCACGACUACAGCUGCUGGUGAACCCAAGUUCGUGGGCUGGAGUUCCCAAUUGAACUUGACCUACUCACCAUUGACCGUGACGGGUGAAAACACUGGCUACACGUACCAACCGGAGGGUUUCGUGUAUGAUGAUGAUGGUAUCAUCAACGGCACCAUGGCCAUCAUGCUAACCGAUCUUGACCUCUUCAUCACUCCGUUCAACCUGUCCAUGCUCAAUCCUCACAUUGUCGCCCUCGGCUUGUACAUGGCUGGUUAAGCGAAACCAUGGAAUUCAGUCCAACAUCGUGGAAGGUGAUGUGGCUCUGCCAGCCUCUUUGACGUAAAAUGAUUUGAUCGGUAGCAAUGUCGAUGGCUUUUUUUUUUUUUUUUUUCACAAU